GAGAGAGAGAGAGAAGGGAGGGAGGGAGGGAGGCAGAGGCGCUCGGGCUCAGGGCUCUGCCUGGACCUCACCCUCAGACUCUGCGGUUGCCGGUAAGACCCCCGGAUCCCGCAGCCCCGGGCAGUGCUGCCUGUGGGCUCAACACCUUUGGGACCAUGUUUGAUGGGGAGCCGGGCACAGGCCCAGCAGCGUCCUCCCGGAAUGUGGUUCGCAGCUCCAGCAUCAGUGGCGAGGUGUUUGGUGGUGGCGGGGAGCAGGCCGGGGGCACAACUGGGGCCAGCACUGCCAAGAAGCGCCGCAGCAGCCUGGGGGCCAAGAUGGCAGCCAUCGUGGGCUUGACCCAGAGAAGCCGGAGCUCCCUCCAACUGCCCCAGCCAGAAGGUGGAACAAAGAAACUCCCGAGCAACAUCCGGCGGAGCACAGAGACCGGCAUUGCUGUGGAAAUGAGAAGCAGGGUCACACGUCAAGGGAGCCGCGAAUCCACCGACGGCAGCACCAACAGCAACAGCUCCGAUGGCACGUUCAUCUUCCCCACGGCUAGGCUCGGGGCUGAGAGCCAAUUCAGUGACUUCCUGGAUGGCCUGGGGCCAGCCCAGAUUGUGGGGAGACAGACACUGGGGACGCCCCCGAUGGGGGAUGUUCAUAUCGCGAUGAUGGACCGGAGCGGUCAGCUCGAGGUGGAAGUGAUAGAGGCCCGAGGCCUGAUGCCCAAACUGGGCUCCAAGUCCCUCCCAGCCACUUAUAUCAAGGUUUACCUGCUCGAGAACGGGGCCUGCUUGGCCAAGAAGAAGACGAGAGUGGCCAAGAAGACAUGUGAUCCCCUGUAUCAUCAGGCCCUGCUCUUUGAUGAGGGUCCCCAGGGAAAGGUGCUGCAGGUGAUUGUCUGGGGAGACUAUGGGCGCAUGGACCACAAGUGUUUCAUGGGAAUGGCCCAGAUUGUGCUAGAAGAGCUGGACUUGAGCAACGUGGUCACUGGCUGGUACAAACUCUUCCCCACAUCUUCUGUGGCCGAUUCUACCUUGGGGGCCCUCACCCGCCGUCUCUCCCAAUCUUCCCUCGAGAGCUCCACCAGCCCCUCAUGCUCCUAGAAAGACGGGGACCUGGACCGCAGGAAGGGGAGGUCGGCUAUGGCGGGCCAGGGUGUGUGUGUGGGGAGGGAUGUGGGUCGGCCUCCUUGCCCUCACCCACGUGGCUCACUGUACAUAGCAUCUCGCCAUCUCUUCCUAGAACAACUUCCUCAUGCUCUACUGGCCCACAGAUUUUGCUGUCUGGGCCAUCUUAGUAAGCAGGAGCAGACUUCUAUGUGUGUAUGUGUGUGUGUGUGUGUAUGUGUGUAUGUAUGUAUGUGUGUACAUUUCUGGGUAUCUAUGUGUGUGGACACAAUCCAUGUACAUGUAUAUAUGUGUACAUGUUUUGGUAUACCUAUAUGUAUAUGUGUCUGUUUUUACAUUUCUAUGUAUGCACAUGUAUCCAGUCCAAGUACAUAUAUGUGGGUAUAUGUCCAGAGUUAAAGAGACCGGGCCAUGUCCUGCAUAUCCAGACCCGGCGAAUGCAACGGUCCAUCCCCCAUGUCAUCGUGUCUCUUGGCUAAGGAGCCAGAGUUCCGUUUGUGCUGUCUUUCCCGAGGGUCUCUGAGGAGGGGGACUGUUCCGCCGUUUGUCCAUCCGCCUGACUCCACUGCUUGUGAUGUGAGCAUCCUCAGUUUCCCUUCCACUGUGCUGUUUUCCCAUCUGUUUUUCCUUCUAGAAAAAGACCUGACCAAAUGAACUCUCUUCAGCACUGUCGGCCCAGCCCUCCCUUCUGGGGAAUGUAGCGCCUGAUGUAGCCUGCCGCAGGCAGACCUCACCCUUGCUGCAGCCCUGCUGGGGCGUCCUCCCCGACCCAGGAGCCUCUGCCCCCUCUUUGAGCAUCUUCCCUCAGCACUGGCACCUCAUUCAAUGCAUCUUAUAGCAUGUAGCACGUGCACUGGGCAAGGCUCCCAAGGAAAGAAGUGGCCUGGAGUGCUUCGGAAGCCAAGUCUUGCGCCUCUGUGGAUAGUUCUGGAUCCAUCACUCGCCCUCCUUGCAUGUGAAACAUCCUCCAUUCCCGAAUGGCUGCCAGGAGAUGCCAAGGGUCUUUCGUGGCUGUGUCCCAAAACAGCAAACAAGUCCCACUACACACUCUGAUCCUCCCUCUUGACUCAGGAGGAGACUGUCCCCACAGGGCCUUGGCUGAUGGCCAGAGAACAGCUUCUCCAAGAAUGGCUUUGAGCCCAUCAGAAGAGUGAUGUCCAGCUGCCCACCUUGAGCUGCGGCUCAGAAGGACACGGCCAGUCCCCCCAUGGUCUUGGAGGGGGAUCAUUCCUGAAGAAAACCCUUUACCUCUGUGGGUGACUCAGGCGACUGCUGACAUCAGAAUCUGGGUUUGGCGGUGUUUCCACCAAAGAUAGAGCAAAGCCCAAGGGGGGCCCCCGUCUAUUCAGUUCUCUGGCAUUAAGCCCCUCCUAUUUUGUGCCUGACUGUCUCCAGCACUUAUGCCUCUUUUCUCUGAGGAUCUCCUCAGGGAAGGGGGUCCUUGACCCUUCUCCCAGGAGUGAAGCAACUUAGUUCUAACCCUGGACCCCUAGGACUACCAAGACCACCAAUUCUUUAGCAAGCAAUAUGUGUCACUCUCCAAGUCCUUGUCUCUUUUGACCCCUUGCUACUCCCUAAUGGAUUCUGGCCAGAGCUUGUCCAGGAGGAUGUUCGUGUGUCCAGAAGUGAUGCAGGCUAGCUCUGAGCAAAGUGUCCCGCCUUCUGUGGAGAACAAAGCUGUGCUUGAAUCGUAGGAUCUUAGAAAAUCCCUUGCACUCUUGGAUGCCAUCCAGCCGCAGGCGCCUUGCUCAUUUACCUGGGGAAGAUGGUCUGGAAUAAGUGAAGCGCUUGGAACAUAGGAACAGGUCCCCCCACACCAAACUGCGCUGGGGCUUGUAAGAUCACUACUGGGUGGUCUGCUGCCUCAGGAUCCAGUCUUGUGAAUGCUUUCUCACUCAAUUGAAGAGUCUUUGCAAGGUUUUCUCUGGGCUGGAGGCUAAGCAUUUAUCUGAUUGAAAGAAUAUAAGGCAGACCCAGGACGGUGUUUUGAACACUGACACUGGGCUCCAGGAGCAGCAGGAACAGGUCACCUUCCUUGUGGUCUGUAGCUUUGAAGCUUUGUUCCAGGGAAUUCCCCUUUCAUGGCUCAGGAAGACAAGGAAGGUCUGUGUUCUUCAACAGGUGAAGGGGAAAUGGAGUUAAGGAGGGUGUUUGAGAGCAGCUAGGGGAAGGAUUCUGGCUGUUUGCUUUGGGCCAAACUUUUCCCAAAACAAGAGCAAAAGGCCAUCAGAGGCUCCAGUGGUACUCUUCAACAGGGGACCUAGAUAGGCCCAAGAAUCACAAGGAACAAUUAAUGUCUAUAACAUGAACUCUGGCCAGAUGUCCUGAUAGUGAAAGAGUGUGUGUGUGUGUGUGUGUGUGUGUGCACUUAGGCACACAUAUGUGCUGUCAGAUGCAGGUGACAAGGGCAAAGAGAAGGAAUAUUUCAAACAAUCCUGGAGCUUUGCCAGCCAGACUGAAGAAUGGGAGCCCCUAGUAAGGACAAAACUAUUCGUAUCCUGUCUUCCCAGCUGAAUAAGACGAGCUCUCCCCCUCUCUCCUGAGGGCUGGAGAAGGGCCUGGGAUGGUCCUUUUUUGUCCCGUCAAAGAUGGCUCAAGGGUGGUCUUGUCACAAGUAGUUAAUGUCCUUACUCUGGCCACUAAUAGGUGGUGCAGUGAAGGGAUGUCUUUUCUCAGAAAAGCACUCUGUUCCAAGUUCUCACGAUCCCUUUUGGAUUCUUCCAAGGCCCUUUGGUCAAUUUGGGGUAUAUUCACAAUAUUGGGGGUGAGUCUGCGGCCACCUAGGGCCAAUUGGGUGGUGAUGCCGGUUGAUGACCUUGGUGGUCUCUGGGUACAGCUGGCACGGCCAUCAUUAGAGUGGGACCCCUAGGGAGGUACUGCCUGGGAUCAGUGCCAACCUGGGGAUGGAUAGGGAAAGGCCCACAUUUGAGGAAGGAUGUUGACUACCUGGAAUCCAAAAGGAGAGUGACCAGGAUGGAGGGAAGGUGCAAAAUGAUAUCUAUUAGAGGACUGACGAAAGGAACUGGAGUAAUUUGGUUUGAAGAAGAUUGGGGGGAUGGAGGGAAGGAGGAAUUGGGUCCGUAUCCUGCUAGAUCUCAGAGAGCAGCACUAGGAUGAGGGAGGCAGGUUUCCAUGGGAGAAGGAGAGAGAUUAUGGCCAAAUCUUCUUGGCUUUAAAGUCAGCUCCUUUAACCAUGGCUGUGCCUCUGCUGCUUGUAAGGCAAUAAAUCAGAGUGGCUUCACAUGGUAUGGGCUCCCCAUGGGAGUGGGUCAGUGGAAGCUGUAGGAUCUAUACCUGGAAAGGACCUUAGAGAUCAUCUCAAAUGGAGUCUGGAUCACCAGACACGAGAUAAUCUCUGGACUGGAUGACUCUGAGGUUCCCUCCAGCUAGGUGGGAGCUGGGGGGUAGGGGAGUGGGCAGUGCACAGGAAGUGUGUGAUCACAGCCAGAGCUGAGACUUCUAGGACAGUGUGGUCACGGGCUAGGGCCCUCCUGAAGCCUAAUGUGUUCACAUUCAGAGCCGUUAUUCACAAGCGCUGGCCUUGGGUGGCCUGUAGGCCCCGGAAGGGGUGGCGCUGAGAGGUCAGACAGGAUGCCAGGUCCUUGCUCCCCGGCCACCUGAAGUCUGGCCCUUCGCUGUCAGUUUUCCAUUUCUUAGUGCCUGGAUUAAAGGCCCCAUGGGAGGUGGCUCUAUAUUCCCAUCAACCAAUCCUCAGAAGAAAGGGCAACCACCCCUUUUUCUUGGAAACCCAUUCAUAUUAGCCGCCUGCACAGUGUAACUUUUCUCCAGUGUGUGUGUGAGAACUGGGGUCCUCCUGCACCUUCGUGUACCUGUGUGUACACCUGUGUGGACUGUCUGUAGAGGCAAACAGAUGUUGCUUGUGGAUGUUUGUAGCAUCAACGUGGGGGUUCUAAAUUUUGUAGCAAGUACCGAUCAGGGAGGCGGCCUCGGGCUCUCCCAUCUGUGAGGGGCGCAGAGACAUCCGGACCUCGCGCCCGCCGCCUCGGGGCCAGAUCUGGCUGGCGCGGCUCCAGCCUGGGGCGGCCCUCGGGGUCUUCCCCUUGUAGUCUUAAGGAAGUGGGACCUUUGGAGAAGGGGUAGGAAGCAGGCAUUGCCUCUGCUCUCUCUCCUUGUCAAGUUACCCGGCUGCGAGCCCACCAGCUGGUUGGCCAAAUGUCAUCCCAGGAAAGAGAGAGGAGCCGGUCCGGGGUCUGUGCGGGGACUGGGCUUGGCGUGGGCGGCCGCAGCCCCGGAGUGGAAGGAGGCGGGAGCCCAUGGCAGAGCCCGGAGGUAGGCGAGUGCCUCGGGGCGCGCCUCUUAGGCGAGGGGGCUGGACAGCUGUGAGACCCACACCCCAGGACGCGGGCGCGCCUCUCACAAAGGGGGUCGGCAGAACGGUGGCCUGUCCUGGAUCCCCAGGUUUCCGGGAACAUUUCUGCCGGCGUGGAGGGGGCCGCUUCUAAAAUGCCAGAAGGCUCUCAGGAGUGACUCUGGAAGAAGCGGCAAACGCCAUUCUGAGGGAAAGCGGGGCUCCCUACGGAAGCGGCGCGGCCGGGAGGGCGGGGCAGGUUCUGCUCGGAACUCGGGCGGAGGCCAUUUCCGGGGUGCUUCCUCCCCCCCCCUCCGUUCCAGCUGCGGGACUGGGAUUCCCCGACCCCCUCUCGGCGUCGGGCUCAGCCCUGGGGAAUGCUGGCAUUUCUCGGGGCAAGGCCCGGAAACGGCUCCUCCGUGGAGGGGAAACCUUCCAGCUCGCUCGCGCCGGACUCGGGCUGCCCGGGGAACCCCGGCGCGGUGCAGGGGAAGCGGGGAGCGUCCGGAAGGCCCCGCGCCUCGGGGCAGAGCCCUCUGGGAAGGCGAGGUAGCACGCGCGCCGGAAGCGACGCCGCGCGCCCGCCGGCCGGCCGGGCCUUCCCCGCCGACGCCCGGCCUCUCCGGUACCUCACCUCCUUGUGAGCCGGGCUGUCCUGUCUCGUCACCGUGUCUGCGCCCUGCGCCGCUGGGAGGGAAGCCCCGGAGCCCGGCCGGGCCGCGGGGAAGGUGACCGCGCAGGCCGGGAGGGAACGCCCCCGCGCCGCCGCCCCCGCCCCCUUCCAGAGCUCGGCACGUGGGAGGAGACACUGCUCUGUGCCUCGCGACGUUCCCGGUCCGAAAAGAAGAGGGGGCGCCCUGCCUCGCCGUCGCUCUCUGCGACGCCCCCCCCCCAACCCCCCCACCCCCGCUUCGUGUCUUGUAUCCAUUUCAAAGAGAAUGGAAAAAAGCAAAAAACAAACUCAAUUCUGCAGAGACUCGCGCGCUGCCUCCGGAAACGCGUCCGUGACGCUCGGUCCCGACUCCCGGCCCCCCCCCCCGCGGGGCUCUUUCUGGGGCCGGGCGCCGCCCCAAGGCCCGCGCCCUGCUGGGAAAGGCGGCUCCGUCGGAGAGGCGCCGGGUCUCCGAGCGAUGCCAAAGAGAGCGCCGCGGCUCCGAGCCGCUCCGGGUCCCCGAUGCCGCGUGAUCGGGGGCGCUCUGAUGCCGUGGCCUUGUUCUCCUAAAGGGCUCAAACUUUCUGUGUAGCAAAGAAAAUCCUGUCCCCUCCCCCCGCCCCUCCCUUCUCACUGCCACAGACGUCAGGGAAACCCCCGGCCCCCCAGGUGGUGAGGGAGUCCCCGCCCUUCGGGCGCGCCUCGGAGCCGCCCGGCUUCCGGACGCGUUGGGAGCGAAAGCCACCCCGGCAGGGGGCGCCGAUGGCAGGUGGGGGGAGGGGGAAAGAAGACUCCCGAGGAAAGGAGAGCCGGCCCCUCGGGAGCUGUCCCCGGGGGGAGGGGUGCUGAGCAGGGCGGCGACGCGCCGCAAGUGGCCCCGCCCUGGUCCUCCCGCUGACGCCGCUGCCCCUGUCCGGGCGUCAGUUUGUCUGUCACAUAGGGUGGGGAUGUCGACUUAGACGACGGUUAAAAGGCCCGUCCAGGGAAGACUAGAACUUGUCUAAGGGUCCCCUCCAGGGAGAAUAAAGGUGAGGGGGAGGAUGGCGCCCCCCACCCCCGAUCCAGGAUACCCUCUCCUAGAGAACCCAGCUGGUCACACCAGUGCCCAGACGCUGUUUUUGAAGAGAAAAACCAAAAAUUUCUACUGGUUCAACAUGGCCCUCCUUUGAGGGAACUAUUUUCUGUCUCCUUCCCUUUUCCCAGCCAGAUAACAGAUAAAAGGUAUCUUCAAAAGGCAUCCCAGUCCUGCUGAAAAGUUCUCAAGUCUCGAGGUGCUAAUGUGUGCGAAUCUUCUCCCUGCCACUGUUUAUGAACUUGUGCUAGGGUUCGGUGACCACCCUGGUGCUGGUGGUCUCUGCGAGAACCCUUUGAGAAAACGCUGGAAUUACAUCUUGGGAGGGGGGAAGGGGAGAAGGAGCUCAGCCCUUGCCAAUCAGCUCAACAAAAGUUUUGUUUUUCUUUUCCUUUCUUUUUGUUAAAAACCAUUUCUCCUCUGCCAAGAUACGCUCUUCCCCAGCCCCAUCUGGUUUUCCAAACCAUGGUGGGUAAUGUUCCCCAUGGUAUGUGAAUAGGGUUUCCUAGAAAUUAUCAGACUAGUGAUAUUUCUCAAUUCUAAAAUGUCCUUUUAAAGAUCUAUGAUUUCACCAGGUAUUUAAAGGGGGGAUCCCUCUCCACCGAUGUCUUUAGCAGCCCCUUUAUGACAAUGAUUUCAUGAGUUGAAUUUUUAUUUGUUUUGGCUGCAGCAUCACCUUGUGGUCUAAAGAUGAAUCUUUAGAAUAUAUCCAGGCUUGCGAUUUCACCAGAUUUCACGUGUUGAGGAUGCCUGGUGAAAAGGUAGUUGUUCAGCAACUUAGAAUCUUAGAACACGCUAUGGGAAGGGAAGCAUCAUUGAGGGGUUUACAGAGUUGGCUAAUUAUGUGUCAGAGUAGUCCUAGAAACCUGGGUUUUCUUGGUUCUGGUUGGCUGGUCCUUUAACCCACUAUUAUGGGUUCUCAUAAUCAUAUUCUCUGAGGAUUCCAUAUGAAAUGAGUGCCCCCUCCCACUGACAAUCUUUCAGUGACUUAGAGUCAGUGGCUGAAAAAAAUCACAGCCUUCAAUUAACCUGGUAAUAAACUUCUCUAGACCUGGAUGUGGAUUAUUCUCAGAUGACAGACACACUGAGUUGAAACUGCCAAUGCACAUGGCAAUAUUUUGAUGUGAAAAUGGGCUCAAUUGCCUCUAUUUUGUUCCCCAAUUUCCCUAAAUCAGUUUUAUGUCAAGGGUAUCCCAGAUGCUCAGAAAAGUACUCCCCAGUUGCCUUGCUCUUAUUUCAAGCUCCCAUGGGUUCUAUGGCUGAAAAAAAAAAAAAAAUUGGGAAGCUGCUUUCAAAGAGUGAAAUUAAAUUUGGUUUGUAAAAAGUAAGAGUUGCAAUGACCAAUUCUAGAAAAUCAGUGUGAAGGAAGAGUUAAAACUUAAAAAAAAAUCUCCAAAGCUGAGGAGGGACUUAUGGGAACUUACCAAGUGUACUAAUAAGUUAAAAAAGCAAAAGGUAUUUUAGGGCUGUGGUCUGUAAUGUAUCCUCUGUGUGAGUAUGUGUGUAUGGGAGGGGAUGGGGAGAUCUUGUGAACAUGCAUAUUUUUGUGGUUUUGUGCAGCAGGCUGAGGGCCGGGAAGGGGUGCAUGCUGUUUUGUACGAUAUUCUUGCCAAUUUCCCCAAGGAGAAAAUUCUUUUUACGGCUUCUCCCUGCAUGUACAGUAUUUGGGCAGCAAGUAUGGAUGAUUAAAGUCAAGUCUGAAAAGUG